GGCCCGGCGCGGCCCGGCGGGAGGGCGGCUGCGAUCCGCCGCGGCCGGCGAUGGGAGAUGGAGGGAGCCGGUGGUGCGGCAGAAGCACUUGUGCGGGAUAAUGAUGUAUCGGCUCAUGCCCAGAAUGUUGCCAAGGCCAAAUACGAAUUUUUAUUUGGCUUGGAAGAAGAGAAGCCUUCAGGCAUGGGUAGUGGCCGKGGAAGCAGCACUUUGCCUCCUCAUACCAUCAUCAAUGAAUUUCCAGAGUACGGCACUGUAGAGUCAAGCAGACCCACACCCACGGCUCCAUUGAUAUGCCCGGCAGAGCCUGUAACGCGCAGUCCAGAAAGAUUGGACAGUCAGCACUGCAUCAGGCCCAUUCCUCAACAUGCAGCUCCUGCAGAUAAUUUGAGGCCUGAUGCUGGGGCAGUGCAGCUUCACACCGCGGAAGAAGGUUUGCAACCUGCGGSCGAUCUGCUGGAGGUUAUGAAAAUCUCUCGACAGCUAGAAGCAACAAAGGUGCAAGAGAGAGCAAAUACUUCUCUCGAUUCAGAGACGCAAAUGGAAAAAAAGUGUGUUACUGGCAGCCAAAACGUGCAGGCAGCCAGAGAACCAGUUCCAACAGGCCAAGAAAAACUCUCAGACAUACUUCUUCCAUCUGAACGAACAGCUGAGGAAAAAAAGCAUUUGAUCAUAGAGAAAGAUCUGGCUUCAAUAUGGACUGGAGAAAAGGAGUCUGAGUCCUCACAGGCCAUAAGUAAUAAAGCAGAGGAGGUCCAUGCAGCUCAGGAACUAAGCAGUCACAGACCAUCUGUGACAAACCUGGAAGCAGUUAGCAGAAUGGAAAGAGGGGCAUGUUUAGAGGAGUUUUCAGAACMUGGUCAAGACAAAAUGCAAACGGGUCCUGAGAGGAGGCUGGCUAAAGAGGCAGCUGUGAGUAAACACGUAGAAUUUCAAGGUGUGGAGAUUUUAUGGCUGCAAAAAGACGAGGAGCAGAGAAGAAAGAAGCACUCACUGCUUGACCCUGUGUCCGUGGAGAGGAAGGCAUUCCCUAAAAYAUCCAGUCACUCUGUGUCACCAAUGGUCUCCCCAGGCUUACAUUCCUCGCCAGACAGUGCAUGGAGUGCAAUCUGUGAGGACCCAGGACGAGGACCCACUGCCUCUGGAGCCACUCCUCUAGCUCUGCUUGAUGAAAACAAGAAGGAUGAAGUUCCUGUGAAGGACAGGAAGAACUGUGGUGAUAAGGAGAUGGCCGUGCUAGCAGGAGGCCAGGAGAGGAUGACGGAGGAGGGGGAAGCAGCUACAGGAGGAUAUGAAGAUUUCCUUGGGCAGAGGCACUCCGAUGUCUCCACUGAUCUAUACAGCUCACAAUUUGAAAACAUCCUAGACAAUGCAUCUUUGUACUACAGUGCGGAAUCGCUGGAGACAUUGUACUCGGAGCCUGAUAGCUACUUCAGCUUUGAGAUGCCACUCACUCCCAUGAUCCAGCAGCGCAUGAAGGAGGGUGGACAGUUUUUAGACAGGACAUCAGCCUUGGGGCAGGCAGAUGUCCCAAACAGGGACCUGAAGGCAUGUGGUGAAGGUAUUGCCAAUGGCUUAAGGGAUGCAAGUGAAACACUCUUCAAAGGAGAUGUCACAGAAGUCUCUCAUCUGGAAAGCAAUGUUGAACUGCAGAAUGUGGUGUUAGACUCCAGUGCAGCCAUGGGGAGCAAUGAACUUCAGGAGAAAGAUGCCACUGGAGCCCUUGGCCACGACCUCAGCAAUGGCGGCAGCAGCAGCAAUUUGGAAGCAGCCAGGCGUCUGGCUAAGCGCCUCUACCAUCUGGACAGAUUCAAACGCUCUGAUGUGGCAAAGCAUUUGGGUAAAAACAAUGAGUUCAGCAAGCUUGUGGCUGAAGAAUACCUUAAAUUUUUUGACUUCACCGGCAUGACGCUGGACUGUUCACUCAGGAGUUUCUUUAAAGCCUUUUCACUUAUUGGAGAAACUCAGGAACGUGAAAGAGUUUUAAUCCACUUCUCCAACAGGUACUACCAGUGCAACCCAAACAGCAUUUCUUCUCAAGAUGGCGUUCAUUGUCUCACUUGUGCCAUGAUGCUGCUGAACACAGACCUGCAUGGCCAUAAUAUUGGGAAAAAGAUGACCUGCCAAGAGUUCGUUGCUAACCUCCAGGGGAUGAACGAUGGCAAAGACUUCCCAAGAGGGCUCUUGAAGGCCCUCUACAAUUCAAUCAAGAAUGAGAAGCUGGAAUGGGCAGUGGAUGAAGAAGAGAAAAAAAAAUCUCACUCGGAUGGUACAGAUGAAAAGGAUAAUGGGAGCCAAACAAAGGCUGUCAGUAGAAUUGGCAACUCAAAUAACCCGUUCCUGGACAUCCCUCAUGACCCCAAUGCUGCURUCUAUAAAACUGGAUUUCUGGCUCGGAAAAUCCAUGCAGAUAUGGACGGAAAGAAAACUCCCCGAGGAAAACGAGGCUGGAAAACCUUUUAUGCUGUGCUGAAGGGAACGGUCCUUUACUUGCAGAAGGAUGAAUAUAAGCCCGAAAAGGCUUUGUCAGAAGAAGAUCUGAAGAAUGCAGUCAGUGUGCACCAUGCGCUGGCAUCCAAGGCAACAGACUACGAGAAGAAGCCCAACGUUCUCAAGCUUAAAACAGCAGAUUGGAGAGUCCUGCUCUUCCAAGCCCAGAGUCAAGAAGAAAUGCAGACCUGGAUCAACAAGAUUAACUGUGUGGCUGCUGUCUUCUCUGCACCGCCAUUUCCAGCGGCAAUUGGUUCUCAGAAGAAGUUCAGUCGCCCACUCCUGCCAGCCACCACAACGAAGCUAUCUCAGGAUGAACAGCUGAAGUCCCAUGAAGCUAAGCUGAAGCAGAUCUCCACUGAGCUUGCUGAACAUCGCUCCUAUCCUCCUGACAAGAAGCUCAAAGGCAAGGAAGUAGAUGAUUACAAACUGAAGGACCACUAUCUGGAGUUUGAGAAAAAUCGCUAUGAGAUUUAUGUUGGCCUACUGAAAGAAGGGGUGAAGGAGCUACUGAGCGGAGGGGAGAACGAUGCACCAGGACUGAAGAAAUCCCACUCGAGCCCUUCUUUGAAUCAGGAGUCUCCAGUUAGUGCCAAGGUGAAACGCAAUGUCUCGGAGAGGAAGGACUACAGGCCAGAAACACCCAGCAUUAAGCAGAAGGUCACUUAGGAUGGAAACGACAACUAGGGGAACAGCCAUGCAGCAAAGUACCGGUGGUCAAAAUUUUUUCAUUUAAUAACCUGUCAUUCACAAAAAAUAAGUGCAUCUGCCUGAAUGGGGUGUUAGUGACAUUUUCUAUUGUAUAUUUUGCUGUUUCUGUGCAGAUUGUGGGAGAUGUCUUUGCUCCUGCUUUGCUUUGCUUUGUUAAUUUAUCAUUUAGCAAUUGAAGCAUCGGGACUUUUUUGUGUUGUUCUGUUUCUAAAGGAGCUGGGGGAGGGGUAGAGCGCUGUGACGUUUAUUCUGUCUCUUCCCCAUUUAUCUCCUCCCAUCGGCAUGUGGCUUUCAUCUCUCAAGUCACUUGUCACUUUAUUUACGUGGUGGGUGGGAAAAAUAACUGGACAAGUGCUGCAGUGCUGUGAAUGUGAGCUGUAGCUGUGAGAAAAGCUGUGCAAACAUGCAGCUGCAGAAGGCUGACUAGAGGCUAGGGUGCUGGGAACAUUAGUUUCCUGAGAAUGUGGGGUGUGUUGGUACUGGUACUUAGCAGCAGGUGAUACAGUAAAUAGUCACUGUUGCAUAUUGUUAAUGCAUUGACCCUGGGCACGCUAGUGCGAAGGAAUGAAACCUGGAAACCUCUGGCAAUGCUGGGAUGACAGCAUUGGAAUAAUCUGUUUGCUUCCUUCCAGGCAGAGAGCCUUCUGAGUUUGCAGGCUGGAAGGCAUCCAAACCCACGACUGUCUUCUGCAGUCAGAAAGUUAGGGAUUACCCAGUUGGAAUGGCUAUCUGGGCUUCACAUUUAUUUGCAGAGAAGGCUGCUGUAGAUGUCAGCCAUUAGCAUCAUAUAUUAAUUAUAUAUAUUAAAGACAAAGGGCCUCUGUGUAGUUUWUAACUAUACGCUCUCACUUAGCUGCUAUAUAGAGCCUUAUGAUAUAUUGUGUCCUGUUGCUUCCCCUUCCAGGGGUUUCCUUGUUGGUGUGYACAGAGAGCCGCUUUCAAUUCCUCUCAUAGUGACAAAGCACUUUGCCUGUUUUCUUCAGAAAGGGAUUCUCCUCAGUUCUCCAUUUUCCUCCUUUUGCUCACAUAUAGAUGGAAGAGGCUGGUGCCUCCUCACAGUUUCUGCAUACCCUGUGCCAGGCUUUCCAAGGGAAGCACAKGACAGGGAGAGAGAGACCUGUCUACCAUGGGUAGAACUUUUCAUACCUGAUUGUGCCAUAGACUCUUGGGGUGACCAGCAGUUUUCAGGCACAAGAGAACAAAAAGAUGAUGUAGAUAUAAUUUUCCUGCUUCCCUGCCCCUGUUACCUGGGCAGUGUCAUCGCUCUGCAGAGAGUGCUGGCUCUCCCCUUACCUAACCUGUUACCUGAGUUUUAAUCCCAGGUUUGAUACUGACCCACAGGGUGGACUUGGACAGGUCUCUCUCAUUUCGUGUCAUGCUUUUCCUAUAUGGAGUAGUACAACCAAACUGGUCUUUYCCACAGAGCACCUUGGGAGGUAAAGUUGAGGGCCAGCUGAAAAUAGUUUCUUGCUGUUCUUUCUGCUUGGCACAGGACAGAUUUCAUGAUGAAUGCAAUUCUUAAUGAAUAUAGAACUGUCAAGAUCAAUGCAAGGACUGUUUAGAAAUGCASUGGUGUUUUCAGCCCAAGCAGUCAAAAGGCCACAUAUCAAAAAAUUGCCACCUGAGUGGAUGUGUGCUCUGCCAGACUUCCCAAGGGUCCAAGUCAAUUCAUCUAGCUUAUUGAGCUGCCAGUGCAGUGGGCAGAACUGGCAGUGGUCAAAGAGAAAAGGUCYCUAAGAGGAGGCAUUGCAUAGCUUGCCUCCCCCACCAGAUACCACCGUGCAACAGCUUUCCUGGUGUUGUGCUGGCUGUUGACUGUAACAAAGAUGUUGCACUCUCAAAUGUGAGAUUYUGGGGCAAAUUGAUGCUUGCAGCUGCUGCCUGGCAGCAAAACCAGAUGAGUCUGUUUUCACCAGUGAUGUUGGAUGCACAUCCAUCUGGCAUCUGCCACUAAGAGUGGCCACUCUGUACUAGAAGUCAGGAGGUUGGCUCCUAACUGUGGCAAUAUUGCUAAAAGCUGCAGAGGCCUGAAUAGAGAUUGGCAGUGCUUCCCAAGUGCUGGGGCUUUAGAAGUUGUGCAUUCCUGCUAAGGUGGAGUUAGCAUUUAGUUCUCUUCCUCAAGAGGAGAGAUGCCUUUGYUUCUGGAGCCAAGGUGAUACGGUGCAGCUUGUUUGGGGAGACUCAGAGAGAUACAUGAUAAUCUUCAUUGGGAGGGACUGUUUGGAGUAAUUCAGAGUGGUAUAUCAACAGCUCCCCUCAUGGACUGGAAACAAAGAUAGAUCCCUGCAGCUGUUCCUCAUGCUCUGGAGGUUGAAAAUGAACAAGCAUAACUGAAAGAAGAAAUUCAAUUGGGGAAAGCCAGACACACACUUGGAAAGAAAACUUGACCUGUUAUGAUUAAAAAAUGGUAUUCCCCAAUUUUGAGUUCCCACUGAGACUCUCCAAACUACAGGCUGCUUGCUUGCUCUCUCUACCCACUCCCCAUCCUUGCAGUGGACUGGAGAGGAGACCUGGAGGCACAAAAGGUGAAGAUCACAGGUUGAGAUAAGACCAAAUUACUGGGAGCAGCAAAGAGAUAAGAAAAUGUACAGUAACAACAACAGUAUUAAUAAGAGUGUACAAGAAUACUUACCACGCAGAGCCCAACAAUAGCCAGCCACUCAUUUCCUGAUACCCCAGCUCGGGUGGGAGUUCCUGGAAAAUGACAUGAGGUGGUAUAGAACAACCUUCAGAUACAAGCCGUGCCCCCAUCUGGCUACUGCAAAAAUUAACCCUGUCCUGGCCAGAACCAGUACACUGUCUUAUAUAACAGGAGGAUACAUGCAGCAGAAAUAAAAAAAACAAAAAAGGUGCAGAUCUGUAAAUGGCUCUGCUUGACUGUCAGGAUUGGGAUGACUAUAAGAUUUUUUUGAAGGCAGACUAGAGCAUGCUUAGCAAACCUCUUGUGAUAAUGGAGUGCAGUGCUUUAAAAGGCAAAAAGAUGACAUUUAACUUCUUUUUUCCCUGGCUUUUAAAGUAUUUUGGUUGCUGUAGAUUCCAGUUAAAUUGCUAAGCUCAAAAAAAAAUUACUCUUGUUAAAUGCAUUUUCCAGCUUUGACACAGAAACUGGGUAAUUCCUCUUCAAAGUCAUUGCAGAAAAGAUGAUUUGAAGCAAUAGGAAAACUCGAAAAGUGAACUGCAAAAAAGAUUUUUUUCAUUAUUUAUUAUCUAUUUCCGUGUAGACUUGUAAAUGGAUUAGGGUAUGUUUUUUAAGUCUCAUCUGGGCUUAUAAAAUGCAGUUUUUUACUACAUUUUUUAGUCAUUAAAUGUUUUAUUGAGCUUGGAGCACUCUUACUGAGACUGCUGAGGCAUGCAGAUUAGUGUACUCAGAAUUUAUAGAUUCUGCUCCAGUUUUAAUUAAUGCCAUUUUGCUCUGUUGCUUUACAAUUUAUAAGCAUCUCAGGCACUCAUGUAGAAAUGCAUGCUUUGGAGACCAAGGGAAAAAAGUGAUCUUGUGAAAGUCUAAGACUCCUGCCCUCCCUUGGGAAUAGGAUCAUCUAUCAGUCAGCACCACAAUUUGGUUUUUUUUUUCCUCCUGAUGGUACUGGAGGGUGUGGCAGGUUUGCAGUAGGUCAAAGUGGAACAUCUCCUUGAGKGGCAUCAUUAAGGGUCUGGCCAGGUAGCUUUGCAUGGUGCCCUGCACCCUUCCCAUCUUCACUGAAAUGUUUUCCUUUAGGAGACAUCAGUGCUUGACCRCAGCAACUGAGGAGCUCUGGUAGUAAUAUGUAAGGAUAUUCUGCUGAUUUACAGCUCUCCUCUGGGACCUGAGCUGCAAAUUACUGGAGCAGCCUGCAGCUUUCUGGGUGUUCUCAGUGCGAGCAGGAGUUACUGGCUGGCCGCCACAAGCAUGUGUGCAUGUGAGAGAGCCUUUGCAUUUGGUGAAGCAGGGAGCUGUCAUCCUUCCUUGUCACCCUCCCUGCUCCAGAGUGCUAUAACUGCUGAAGCUGAGUCUCUGCCCACAUGUUGAGAGGGGAGCAGGACUGGGGCCAACACUUCCUUGCUUCCCCUUCCUUAAGGUACAGACAGUGUUCUGGAGGGACCCACCCUGCUCUGAAGCAUUGCUGGCUUGCUCACCCUGCAGGGCUGAGCCAUCUGCUAUCCCCAACUAUGGAAGGAGAGACAGGAAAGGGCCUCACUAGUCUGUACCUGACAGCAGGGAGGUGGUGGAGAAGGGGAAAAUUGCCUUUCCCGCUUCCACUAAGCAACCGAAGUAAGUGAGAUACUCUCCUGAAGCUAAAACCACUCUCUCCUCUGUGAGUCAGCAGGAUGGUUUUUGUUCAUCUGCGGCUGCAAAAGAGACUCCCUGGACUGCCUGUGUGUUUGUGUGCAUCUUGCAGAUAAAUUACGCAUGAACCAGUGAUCAUGACUACAGCUUCUAAAUCCAGUAUUUAUGUUGUGUCUUUAAUUGAUGUAGAGAGAUAAGUCAGCCAGCAGAGUGAUUAAUGCAGCAGAGUUGUGCGGGAGCGCUGUUCAGCUCUGUUGCCAGCUCAGACAGUUUUCCAUCUAUUCUUUUGAAAAUGGUUACCAGAAACUUACUAAUGUUUAGUAACAGCUCAUCACUAAAAUUCUUUUCCUCGAUCCUGUCUACUCCCAGGUUGYAGUCUGUCCAUGUUAAGGGGCUCUCCUGGAGAGCACUGCUCAGUACAACCCUGCUUUGAGCAGGAGUUUGGCGUAGCAGACCUCCAAAAACUGGAUUUGUUCAGUCAAUUUCCACAGCUCCAGUGCCUUUGGGUAACAAGGCUGGUUGCUCUUCUGUCUUGAAAAAGGCAAAAUUUUUGCCUUUCUCCAAAUUAGGUUCUUGCUUGAUUAGAGCAGGCCAUUCCAUGCGGAGGUGGUUAUGGCAGUGCAGAAAGUCAGAGAUGACAGGGUUAUCAUCAGACUUCUCAGAGGCAUUGCAUGGCAACGUUCUCCUUGAAAGCAGGAAAGGUUUUUCUCUGCAGAUGGCAUAUUGCUUACUGUGUCUGCAUUCUCCAUUUCUAAAUGAAUUUUGGUCUUAUUGCAGUUAGUCUGACAGCUCCUCCUCCUUUUCUGUCAAGCUGCUCUUGUCUGUCAUCUUAGCACCUCAGCUGCUUCUGUAUAACAGGUCUGUUUCCUUCCAUGCUUGCAGAAAUUCAGAAAAUUUGACUCUCCCAUCUUGCAUUGAGAAAACCUGAAGCAGUUCUGCAUUGAAUGGAUAACCUUGUGAACAGCUUUUUCACUCUGCUUGUUGGUAGCCCGUGUUUCCAGCCACAGUUAUAGCUGGGAGGUGUGAGACCGAGUUUCAGGCUGCUGUGAUCCUCUAGUCAUAUGCUGCAGGGCUGCAAAUUCCCCCCUCCCACGCUCAGACCAGGCACUUGCAACAUUCCUACUCUUCUAGUAUCCAGGAUGUUGGAAACAGUGGCUGCUUCUGCAGAGACAAAGUCGGUAUCGACAUCUUGUAUCAAGCAAUCUUCCAGCUUGCUGCUUGUUUAAAUUUUCUGCAGUGUUGCUCUCCCCAGGCUCUGAGACCUCACAUCUGCUCUGAGGGGGCAGUUAAGAAGUCGACGUUUCUCACCAGAGCACAACCAUCGCUCCUCAGCAUGUGUUCCUGGCAUCUGGUAUCCAGGCUGCCUAGAGGGAUGAACCAUAGAAGCUGUCUCAGAAWGAGCUAGUCUGCAGCUUGUGCUUUUUAAAUUAUAUUUUUAGUGCAUGUAGAAGGAGUAUGCCUGGCCUCUCCAGUCUCCCAGAGCUCUCUCAGCAGCAUAGGUGUGGCAUUGUGAGCUGCUUCACCUGGUCUUUCCCUGUGGGCACCUGAGCUCUAGGAAAAAGAGGUUUUGUCAGCCUUCAGAGAAAUUAUAUCACCURAGCUGAGCAACCAGUGCACAGGACAGUGAUGCUAUAGGUAGAAGCUAGUGCCACCCUGCAUGCCUGGUCACCUGCUGGAGACUGCUCUAGCACUGCCCUCGGUUUUGCRGGUGAUUAGAAACUCUGGCUUCCUUUUCCCCCUAGUCUGUGAUGCUUGAGGAACUGAGAGCGUGAGAGCAAGGAGGACAGGUCCUCAGAAAAGGUGUCUGAAUGCCAUCUGGGAGUAUCUAUUCUGCUUAUGGCAACAUUAAGGUGAACAUUGAAARGAAGCAGGCUCAGCCCUGCCUGAGAGAAUGUCCCUUGCUCAUACAUUUUGUUAGCUUCAUAGAGGUUGUGUUUCAGUUACUUGUUACAGCCCUUCCCUUACUGAAUGCAAGCAAGAACUUUCCCAAAGGCUGCACCAUUGACCUGACUUUGCCCUUGUGGUCAGAAGGAGCACAUUUAGGYUGGUCCAAAGCAUUCUCUCUUCCCCACCUUUGAACACUUAAUUAUUCCAUAAAAAUUAUAAACCUUUAAACAAUGUAGGACUUCCCAUAGCAUCUGUUUUUAAAUCUGGCCCAGAACCAGCUGGGGAUACAGGGCAGAGGUUUAUUUGGACCAAUAAAGGUACAUCACUUAGCAGUGUAAGCAUUUAAAGUGCUGCAAGCUACAAGGGCAGAAUUUUUCUCUGACACGGACCACUGUAAUUAGUAGACACAUGGUCCUGUCUGUAACUCACCUAUAUGAGACCAACACAACAAGGUAAUUUUUGUCCAAACAGGUGCACUUUUAGCUCAGGCCCAGUGAGUAUCAUGGUGUAGUGACAGAGCUGCUAGCUAAGCUACCAUGGAAACUUGUUUGACGUGAAAUCCUCCAACUCCCCUUAGCCUCUUGCUGGGAAAAGGGAGAUCAAUGAUAUUGAGUCUGUGUCACUGCACAGGGCAAACUCGUAAGUCUUAACUCACACUCUUAUGAAAACCUCAUGCUCAGAGCUGUCAAAUUCUGAAAGACUGUAGGAUGAGAACAGGGGUGGGUUGUGGUUGUUUUUUUUAAAAUUUGUACAUAUUCAUGACUACUUUGUCCUUUUACUUGAGUCUAGAAUUAUAAUUUGGCUAAAAGGACAGAGUUUUUUGGCUGUUUAAAAACUUUAAAAUCACUACUCUUGUGUGAGGUACACUCUGAGGCUUACAUUACUUGGUGGACAUGUUUAAGUGAUGCCUAUAGAUGUGUGUGUGUAUUUCAUAGGUAUAGUAUGGCUUCUAUGGCUCAGCACUGCAAAGCCUGCUGUUCUUUUCUGAGGCUUGUUUUGGUCAAAGCACUUCAGCUGCUGCAAACAUUGUUAGUAUGCUUGUUGUUCUAAUUGUUCUCAAAUGAGGCUAAACAGCUAUCAGAGCUUUUGCAGAUUUAAAGUAUCCUUUGAGCUGCCUURAUCUUCGUGUGUUGUCCACCAGGGGCUGCCUGUUGUUCUGCAUGUUGAAAGCAAGGCAUAUAUUUGAGAGUCUAAGAAGGAGUUAGUGGGCUGGAUUUUCUGYUAGCUUAGCACUGGGCUGACAUUUUCCCUGUUUAUAUCAGCUGAUGCCUAUACCAGGAGCAUCAAUGCUGACUUCUUCUGAAAAUUUUGCUCUGGGGAUCUAAUACACAGCUUUACUUCUGAAAAUGUUGACCUUGCUCUGUGAAAAUUCAGCAAAGGGACAUCAUGUCCAAAGURUCCAAGAAGGACAGGUGCCUGUGAUGUCUCCUGCAGAUACAGCCGUACAGGAGUAGUGAGGCCUUUUCUUCUGCAACAGUACAAACUUCCAGAAGAGUGGCUAAUCAGCAGAGAAAAGAAGAGCAGCAGGGCUGAAAUAUCUCUCUUGGGCAUCUCAUAUAUCUCCCAGAGGUUUUCCUUGGGAGCUUUAAACARCCUUUUCAUAAGUUGCUGGUCUGAGUAAAAAGGCAUGGGGAAACCCAGUGGGUUUUCAUUUUGUGUUCUAGUCAGGGCAACAGUAGCACGAUCUCCUUUAUUCUUGGAAAGCAAGAGCAAAGCCUGAGGGUGUGAUUCUUACCUGGAGUCAUAAAACUCUUUAUCAUGCAGUUAGCUUGAAGCACUUGAGCAACUUCAGUGAAACUAUGCCUUUGCACUUCACUGAACCACAGUCAGAGUGAUUGUGUCUUGUGGAACUGAGACAUGAGUGAACUGCAGCUCUGAAUGAAAUGAAGGGGAACAUCCCCAUCAUUGCAGUAGUCCUUAAUCCUUUGGGUACUGAGUUUCUUCCUGGGUUCCUGCCCCCCAUAGUGAUGGGGAGAUGUGGGUGAGCACUGUCAUUUUCAGAGUCRCAGUUAAGAAGUGUCAUUUACCCUCCCUCUGUUGCUUUGUUGUUUCCCUUAGGCUGAGAAAGAGGACUGAAUUUUCAGUCAGUGUUGCUUGGUAGCCAUGUGGGAAGCAUAACUCUCAGCAGUGGUAGUGCAGAAAAACACUUUGCACAUGUGUGUAUAUUAUACAUUUCUUGUGUGCAGAGCCAACCUAACAGGGCUUGACAGCAGUUCUUGCAAGACCUUUCUUCUGGGUGGUCUCCUUUCCCUUUUGUGAUGUGUAGGAACCUUCUUUCUGGUAACCUUGGAUUCAGUUUACUYUCAUCACUGAAUUGCUGGAGUGUCUUUCACAUAACAGACUAGAGACACAGUCCCAGUCUACUGCUUUGUGGUAACUUCUUGGUCUGCUGUGAAGCAACAACGUAGAGGUAGCCAUUAAAUCUUUUCCAGCAGCAUGGAACUUGCUGUUCUGACUCUUGGGGAGGUCAUCAUCUCAGGUUUGAGGGUGUCCUACCACCAGGACACCCCAUUUUGUCCCUGGGAACAUGCAUGGCCAGGAAAGCAUACUGAGUGGUUGGAGUCAGAGCUGUGAAGAUUUAAGUCAAGCCCUGGUUCACGGGAGAUUUUUCCAUGUGCUGCUGAUGUCCAUAAGGACUCAAACAUAUACUUGCUUACACGGAGAUGCUUUCCUGAAGCAGAGUUGUCAGUCUUUUCUACAGGUAUCRCAGGAUGCCCUCCCUUAUUCUGCUUCAUGUAUCUGGUACUAGAAUGAUCAUUUCCUGAUAAAUGAAGGCACUUAAUCAGUCCUCUUCCCCUUGGAAGAAGGACUUUUGGGGAUAUUGUUAUAUCAUUUAAAAUAAUAUUUUGGAAUUUGAGUUUACAUUGCUUUAUUUUUCACUUGAGGUGACUGUAUAUAAAUAUUUUCCUCUAUUUUAUCAUUGCUGAUAAAGUAAGCCUACAGUAUACAGACAAAUAAUUUGCCUUUGAUGUAUUGAAACUGUGAGAUAUAAAGUAGACUUCUCUUCUUGUGUCCAUGUUCCUGACUAUAACUCUGUUCUUCUGUGUUUUUAUAAGUUGGAAUAAAUGUUGCUUACGGGCAACAAAGAGCCUGCAAGCUUCCCAAUAAUUUUUAUGUCAUUGAACUCAAGCAACCCUAUUGAAGGAUCUCACAUAUGUAUAAUGAUAUAUGUAUAUGUACAAACUUUAGAAAGAAAUAAACCAAAUGUAUUUCACGUUCUGCAGCUGAAUGGUUUUUA